UGUUCGGUCCACAGUUGCAUGUGUAGUGUGUGUUUGCGUGUGGGUUUGCUUCUCCCUCUCUCUCUCCCCGGUCCUUGGGCUGUUUACAGAAGUGCACGCCGUGGGAGAGGCGUGUCCUGGCGACUGUCGUCAUUGGGGGUCCCUCUUCACUGUUACCGGCCCUCCUGCAGCUGAUUACCUGACCAGCUGUUGGUAAUCAUCCCUCCCGGCUGGAGAGAGGUAUUUAACCUGGACUCGCGGCGACAGUCGACGUGGGAUUAUUACUCAGAACUGGAUAGCCGAGCGGAGAAGCGAGUUGGGGAGCACACGCACUAAGGGAGCUACAGCACGGGACGCACUGGGAGCAGGAGACGAGCACCUUUGGAAUAUUGCACCUUUGAGUUUAUUGUUGGACUUACCUGUCUGUUCACUGUAAAUAAAGUGCACUGUGGCAUCGAAGAGUCCCGCGUUUUGGGUCCUACUUCCCUCGUCCCCACGGUCUGAGUGGCAGACCGUGACAGAAUAAUCCCACCAACCACCAUGGACCCAGCAGACUCAAGAGUUGCCAUGGAGGAGGGAUCGCUCACACAGCUGUGGGGUUACUGCCAGAGCGUAACCCAGGCUGUGGAUCCCCACAUGAGACACAUACAGGUAGUGUUUUUUGAUAAUUAUCUUUCCUCCACUACCUUCUCUACGAGCUUUCUGGAUAUUGACAAACUCAUUCACAUUGUAACUGAGCUGCGGGCAAGCUCCAGCUUCGAACUGUUUGGUUUGGGCUGUCCGGGCAAGGAGGAUGCGGCUGCCUCCCUGGCAGCCCUUGCUGCUUGGUUUUUUCUUCAUAGGCGGAGAGUUUUUCCACCGCCGCUUGCUGCUCACCUAUUGGACCCUCCACUGCAAGGAAGACGGUGCCCUACUCCAUCUCCUCUCAUUCCUUCAAUGUCCUCUGUGUCGGCAGACAAAGGAUCGGCAGCGCUGGUAACCACAGUGAGUCAACCAGACUCUAUCACCUUACUUAAUCCAGUCUCUCACGAGCAGGAGGGGACAGUUUCCUUUGACGCGGCCCCGCCAUCACGAAAGAGACGGCGUCGGCGUCAUCUUCAUCAAACCGAAGCUCACCUCACUCCGGUUGUUUCGGAAGAACCAGCUGACUCAGGGCUAGCCGCAGGACUAGCCGCACAAGGAGCCGCAGUGAGUGAAAUGGACUCUGUGGUUGGUAAAGAUGUUGCUGUUAUGAAAACAGAGAGGGCUUCGUUUAAACCUAGGGACAGUGCCCAAUCAGUUAAUAAUAAAACCGGGAUCGCAAUGGGGAAUAAGCUUAGAAGGUCUGCAUUGCCAGAAAGUGGAGGUGGGCCGGAAGCUAUUCCUGGGUCAUUUAGUAAUGUAAGGAGUAGUGCUGAUUGUUUUUCUGGUGCUGGACACGGAGCCUUCGUUUCUGAGCCAGUUAGCUCUAAAACGGUGAACUCUGAAGGCGCUGGGGUGGCGGCUAAAUGGACUGAAGCUGUUAAUUCUGAGUUACUGCACUGUGCUAAUAUGCAUCCUGAAACUGUUUUUGUGGCUGCUGAUUUGUUAACGGACCCGGUGCUAGAACAUGGUUCUGCCACUACAGGCAAUCGGGAGGCUGGGAUUCUCCCCAGGGCUUCCCCAGAGGCCGAACUGGAAGCCUCAGUCGGCUCUGGCCCCCUGGACGUUGCAGAGGCAGCGGUAACAUUGUCUUCCUCUCAGCCCUUCAUGUUAGCCCUAUCACCUUCUACUCAGUCUGCCGCCCAGCUAGUCACUCAGUUGUCAUCUGUUUCAGCAUCCACAUCACCCGCUCGACCAUCAUCUUCGCCACCUGCAGCUACUGCAUCACCAUCUUCACCUCCGGAUCAACCAUCUAUAGCCGCUCCGCAGCCGGAGGAGCAGCUCAGCGAGCGGGGGGAGCCCGCGUCGCCGACUGUGGAGCGCAGCGAGCCGGCGGAGCUCAGCGAGCGGGGGGAGCCCGCGUCGCAGCCGGCGGAGGAGCUCAGCGAGCGGGGGGAGCCCGCCGAGCGGGAGGAGCCCGCCUCGCCAGCUGUGGAGCGCAGCGAGCCGGCAGAGCUCGGCGAGCGGGGGGAGCCCACGUCGCAGCCGGAGGAGGAGCUCGCCGAGCCGGAGGAGGAGCCCGCCUCGCCGACUGUGGAGCUCGGCGAGCCGGAGGAGCGGCUACCGUCAAGAGAGGGGCCCGGCGGGCCGGAGAAGCGCGCACCGCCUGAGCUGGAGCUGCAGGGGCCGGAGCUGCAGCAGGAGCCGGAGCAGGAGCUUGGCGAGCAAGAGGAGUGCCCGCCAUCGAGAGAGGGGCUCGGCAGGCCGGAGGAACGCGCACAGCCAUCGGAGGUCGGCGGGCGGGAGGAAUCCGAUCAGCCUACGCGGGGGCUCAUCGGGGAUCAUGGGCCAUUCUACUCUGUCACUCACUGGAGCCGCACCACCGUGGCAGGCCACCGGAGCAGCAGCGCCGCCGCCACUGGACCCGUGGCAGGCCACCGGAGCAGCAGCGCCGCCGCCACUGGAUCAGGGGCAGGCCCCCUGAACCGUUUUGUUGCUGCUGCCGGACCCAUGGCCGUCCGCCGGAGACCCAGCGUUCCCUCCAAUGGACUAGAGAAGUGCACGCCGUGGGAGAGGCGUGUCCUGGCGACUGUCGUCAUUGGGGGUCCCUCUUCACUGUUACCGGCCCUCCUGCAGCUGAUUACCUGA